UUUAUUCAUAUUAUUAUGCUUUUUGUUUGUUUGUUGUAGGAAGUGGUAGUUUACUCUAGAAAAAGUUGGAACCUAAUUGGAUUCGUUGCUUCGAUUUGGAUCUCCGUUACGUUAUGCAACACUAUACUUAUUGAAUCGAAUUCUGGGUUUUUUUUUGAAUUGAUACUGCCUAAAUUAUUACUCCUUUUCGUGUUUUAAUUUAGAGGUGGAACUGAAUCAGUUAAGAAGAAGAAGAGAGAAGGCAACAGCAAUGAUGCAGACUUGUUGUAUCCAUCAAUCGUUUUGUUUCCCUCAUAGAAUCCUUCCAAGAAUUGAUGUAUCAUCAUCCAUUGGGAUUAAUAAGCUCCCUAAACCGCCUUGUCAACUUGGGUUCAUCAGAAAAACUCAGUCUUUUGGGAUUUCGAAUCUAACACGGCAAAGAAGAUUAUAUGUGAACUUGAAUGCUAAUGACGGUCACCCAUCCAUGUCUAUGUUGGAACAAGUAGAAGAAGAAGAAGAAGAAGAAGCAUCCGUUGAAAACAGUGCACAGAGUCCGGGAGCUGAGCUUCCAUUUAGCAAAUGGUCACCUUCUAAGUACAUUUGGAGAGGCUUAUCAGUUCCUAUCAUUGCAGGACAAGUUGUUCUCCGGAUUCUUAAGGGUAAGAUUCACUGGAGGAACACUCUUCAACAGCUGGAGAGAACAGGACCCAAAUCUCUUGGAGUUUGUCUUCUCACUUCUACGUUUGUUGGUAUGGCUUUCACGAUCCAGUUCGUUAGAGAAUUCACUAGACUAGGUCUAAACAGAUCCAUUGGAGGUGUCUUGGCUUUAGCUUUCUCUAGAGAGCUAAGUCCAGUCAUCACAUCGAUCGUUGUUGCUGGACGAAUGGGAAGCGCAUUUGCAGCUGAACUAGGGACAAUGCAAGUCUCAGAGCAAACUGAUACACUCAGGGUUUUAGGAGCAGACCCAAUUGAUUAUCUAAUCACACCAAGAGUCAUCGCCUCGUGUCUGGCUUUACCGUUUCUGACACUCAUGUGUUUCACUGUCGGUAUGGCUUCGAGCGCUCUACUCUCUGAUGCGGUUUACGGAAUCAGCAUUAACAUAAUCAUGGACUCGGCUCACAGAGCACUUAGACCAUGGGAUAUUGUGAGUGCCAUGAUUAAAUCUCAGGUCUUUGGAGCUAUCAUAUCGGUGAUUAGUUGUUCUUGGGGAGUAACCACUACGGGAGGUGCUAAAGGUGUUGGUGAAUCUACAACUUCUGCAGUUGUCAUGUCUCUUGUUGGAAUCUUUAUUGCGGAUUUUGUGCUUUCUUCCUUCUUCUUUCAGGGUGCUGGAGAUUCUUUGAAGAACUGUGUUUGACAAUUUUUUUUUCCAUGUCUUCUUAUGUUGGUUUAGAUGGGUUUCUGUAAAUCACUUGUUUAAAGAUGAAAGGAACAUCAUUUUAGAAAUCAAUAAAAAAUUGCAUUCACUA